GAACAGAUCUCGACCCUGGGGACUGACACCACACCCAUCUGUGUGUGUAUGUGUAUGUGUGUGUGUGUGUGUUGUCCAGCAUAUGCCUUGUUGUGUUUCUUCUUGUUCUUAGUGAAUGAAGAGCUGCUUGCAGAUUCUCAUAACUGGUUGACGUCAUCAUGGAAAUGGCAACUUUUAGCCCUGCUCCUGGGAUGUUAGGAGAAACCUCGCCUCCUCAAACUGAGGCUAUGACCAAGAUAGUGGCGAAUGGUAUCAUCACAGGCGGUGGAGAUUUUGCAGCCUUAAUUGGAGGGGUCGUCGGUGCACUGUUGCUGCUGCUGAUCUGUACUACAGCUCUGUUGCUGUGGUGUCUGUCCAGACAUAAAGGCUCGUACGUCACCAAUGAGACGGACGAUGAUGACGACAUCGAUGGUGACGACGAGUCUGUGGGCUCUGAUACAGCCCUCCAAAGCAGGGAACCUCUGAAGGCCAAAGAGGAGGAAUAAACCUGUGAUACAGACUUCAGUUGUGAUGUUGAAGACUAAAGAGCUUUUUUAAAAUUGGAAGUCACAUAAAGCUGCGUGAAGCAACUUUGCACAUCGCUGCCACCAAAUAGCAUCAAGACGUAACUGUUUGGGCCACACCUGCCAACAUUUAGCUUUCAAAGUACGAGAAAUCAACCCUACGGGCUUUGUAAAACCCCUGGACACUAUCCUGGUGCUGCAGAUAGAAAAGGAAACUGUCUGUAUUUAGAUUUGUUUGGAGAAACUCAAUGAGCUCAGUGGUUCCCAGCCUUUUUCCUUUCUAUCACUGAGUAAACUGACUAUAUUUUAUGGAUAUUUAUAUUAUAUUCAAUGUGUAACAAUAACAGUAGAGAGCAGCUGAUAAACUGUAAAACGAACCCAA